AGUUUUCCUGGUGGAAAGAUUUUACAAUUGGCUCUUUUCUGUUUCAUGAUCUGGGGAAAAUGAGGGAGUCAUCGAAUUUGUGAACAUUUUUGAGACAAUCCUCUAUUGCAAGUAACAGGAUCUUAUGUGUGAGUCCAGUGAGAUAAGUCCAGUAAUCGAUACAACUGUGCCAUGCUGCCUCUAAUCCUUACCCGCUUUUUUCUUCACAUGCUGAUAUUGAGGAUUCAUGGGGCUUGAGUCAGAACACCAUUCUUGGGGACCCUGGAACGCUAUCAUGGAGACUGAGAGCGAGCAGAACUCUAGCUCCACCAAUGGGAGUUCCAGCUCAGGGGGCAGCUCUCGGCCCCAGAUAGCGCAGAUGUCCCUGUAUGAACGGCAAGCCGUGCAGGCUUUGCAAGCACUGCAGCGGCAACCCAAUGCAGCUCAAUAUUUCCACCAGUUUAUGCUCCAGCAGCAGCUCAGUAAUGCCCAGCUACACAGCCUGGCAGCUGUUCAGCAGGCCACGAUUGCUGCCAGUCGGCAGGCAAGCUCUCCAAACAGCAGCAGUGCGCAGCAGCAGACGGCUACCACCCAGGCCUCGAUCAACCUGGCGACCACAUCAGCUGCCCAGCUCAUCAGCCGAUCCCAGAGUGUGAGCUCUCCCAGUGCCACCACCUUGACACAGUCCGUGUUACUGGGGAACACCACUUCCCCACCUCUCAACCAGUCCCAGGCCCAGAUGUAUCUGCGUCCACAGCUGGGAAACCUAUUGCAGGUUAACCGGACCUUGGGCCGGAAUGUGCCUCUAGCCUCUCAACUCAUCCUGAUGCCUAAUGGGGCAGUGGCUGCAGUCCAGCAGGAGGUGCCGCCCGCUCAGUCUCCUGGAGCUCAUGCAGAUGCAGAUCAGGUGCAGAACUUGGCAGUGAGGAACCAACAGGCCUCAGCUCAAGGACCCCAAAUGCCAGGCUCUACUCAGAAGGCCAUCCCUCCUGGAACUUCUCCUGUUUCUGGCCUCUCCCAGGCAUCUAGCCAGGCCUUAGCUGUGGCACAGGCUUCUUCUGGGGCCUCAGGCCAGUCACUCAACCUUAGCCAAGCUGGUGGAGGCAGCGGGAAUAGCCUCCCAGGCUCCAUGGGUCCCGGCGGAGGUGGCCAGGUGCCUGGGGGUUUGGGUCAGUUGCCUUCUUCAGGAUUGGGUGGAAGCUGUCCCAGGAAGGGCACAGGUGUGGUGCAGCCCUUACCUACAGCUCAAACAGUGACUGUGAGCCAGGGCAGCCAAACAGAGGCAGAAAGUGCAGCGGCCAAGAAGGCAGAUGCAGAUGGGAGUGGCCAGCAGAGUGUGGGUAUGAACCUGACGCGGACGGCCACACCUGCCCCCAGCCAGACGCUUAUUAGCUCAGCCACAUACACACAGAUCCAGCCCCAUUCGCUGAUUCAGCAACAGCAGCAGAUCCACCUCCAGCAGAAGCAGGUGGUGAUCCAGCAGCAGAUUGCCAUACACCACCAGCAGCAGUUCCAGCACCGCCAGUCCCAGCUGCUUCACACAGCCACACACCUUCAGUUGUCCCAGCAGCAGCAACAGCAGCAGCAGCAGCAACAGCAGCAGCAGCAGCAAGCAACAACCCUCACUGCCCCUCAGGCACCCCAGGUCCCACCUACUCAGCAGGUCCCACCUUCCCAGUCGCAACAGCAAGCCCAGACCCUGGUGGUCCAACCCAUGCUUCAGUCUUCACCCCUGUCUCUUCCACCUGACCCAACCCCCAAACCACCCAUCCCCAUUCAGUCCAAGCCUCCUGUAGCACCUAUCAAACCUCCUCAACUAGGAGCCGCUAAGAUGUCAGCUACGCAGCAGCCACCACCACAUAUCCCUGUGCAAGUUGUCGGUACCCGGCAGCCAGGUACAGCCCAGGCACAGGCUUUGGGAUUAGCACAGCUGGCAGCUGCUGUACCUACUUCCCGGGGAAUGCCAGGGGCAGUCCAGCCUAGCCAGGCCCACCUGGCCACCUCGCCACCUUCAUCGCAGGCUCCUGGUGCACUUCAGGAGUGUCCUCCUGCAUUGGCCCCUGGGAUGACCCUUGCUCCUGUGCAGGGAACAGCACAUGUGGUAAAGGGAGGACCUACAGCCUCCUCCCCUGUGGUGGCCCAAGUCCCUGCUGCUUUCUACAUGCAGUCUGUGCACCUGCCGAGUAAAGCCCAGACCUUGGCUGUGAAACGCAAAGCUGAGUCUGAGGAGGAGAGAGAUGACGGCUCCACACUGGGCUCUGUGCUCCCUGCAAAAGUGUCACCGGCAGCAGAGAGCCCAAAGGUAAUGGAGGAAAAGAACAGUCUUGGAGAGAAAGCUGAGCCAGUGGCCAGUUUGAAUGCUAAUCUUCCAAGCAGUGACCUAGUGGCCUUGGCCCCUACCCCAUCAGCACCGCCUCCUACUCUAGCCUUGGUGUCCAGGCAGAUGGGUGACUCAAAACCCCCACAGGCUAUUGUAAAGCCGCAGAUCCUCACGCACAUCAUUGAAGGCUUUGUUAUCCAGGAAGGAGCAGAGCCCUUCCCGGUGGGAUGUUCUCAGUUACUGAAGGAGUCUGAGAAGCCACUGCAGACUGGCCUUCCAACAGGGCUGAGUGAGAGCCAGUCAAGUGGGCCCUUGGGAGGAGACAGCCCCUCCAUAGAGUUAGAUAAGAAGGCAAAUCUCCUCAAAUGCGAGUACUGUGGGAAGUAUGCCCCAGCAGAGCAGUUCCGAGGCUCCAAGAGGUUCUGCUCCAUGACAUGUGCAAAGAGGUACAAUGUGAGCUGUAGCCACCAGUUCCGCUUGAAGAGGAAAAAGAUGAAAGAGUUUCAGGAAGCCAGCUAUGCGCGUGUUCGGAGGCGUGGACCCCGCCGCAGCUCAUCUGACAUUGCUCGUGCUAAGAUACAGGGCAAGCGCCAUCGGGGUCAAGAGGACUCCAGCCGGGGCUCGGAUAAUUCCAGCUAUGAUGAAGCACUCUCUCCAACAUCUCCUGGGCCACUGUCAGUCAGAGCUGGGCAUGGAGAACGUGACCUCGGAAAUACCAUUACAGCCCCACCCACCCCAGAAUUACAUGGCAUCAACCCUGUGUUCUUGUCCAGUAAUCCUAGCCGAUGGAGCGUUGAGGAGGUCUACGAGUUUAUUGCUUCUCUGCAAGGCUGCCAAGAGAUUGCAGAAGAGUUUCGUUCCCAGGAGAUUGAUGGACAGGCCCUUUUAUUACUUAAAGAAGAACAUCUUAUGAGUGCCAUGAACCUCAAGUUAGGCCCUGCCCUCAAGAUCUGUGCCAAGAUCAAUGUCCUCAAGGAGACUUAAGGUGGCCACAAAUCAGCCUGAAGCAGAUGCGCUGACUAUCCAGGUUAUAACCUGGGGCAGCAGACUUUGCAGGGAGGAGCUGUUCCUAUUGUGUUAACCCCUUAUGGGGAUUAUGGAGACAGAACUUCAAGAAUUGGCUGCUGGUGCUACAUGGUGGCAGCUUUGACAUUUUCUCUGGGUUCCACUUAAAAACAAAACAGAAACAACACACAAAACCCUUCUCACUCUUCACACCUACCCUAAUGUAGUUUCUAAGCAGGCAGACUACAGGCUAGGACUGCUCAGCCUUAUCCUGGAGUGGAUUGACUAGCAAGGAUCUCACCUAUCCGAGGAGGAAUGGCUCAUAUGGUAAGGCAAGGAAAUGGGUGAACUGUAGACUUGCCUCCCCAGUGGGAGAGGUCGCUGUUCCUAGCUUAUGUGACACAAGUAGCAAAACCUGGUGCUUUCCUUCUCUGCACUGUCUCAUUGUACUGUAGCUCAGUCUUCUGUUACCAUGUUUUCCCCGAGUACUGAAUAUUUCUUCCUGCGUCCAUGGCAGGAUCACCAGCCCGUGUGGACACUUGGUUGGUAUCUGAUUUGCUGCAGGGACUAAAGUGUUUGGCUGGCACAUGUCUGGCUGUUGUCAUAUCUUUCUGCAUCCCUGCUCCCUUCCAAUUUGUUACCAUCUUCAACCCUACCUUUCUUUUCCAUUCAACUCUGCUCUGUCCUAUAGCUUUACGAAACAGGAGUGUGUGGAGCUGAGGUCAGGUUUGUAAGCACCUGCCUUAGGCACUAUUCCUUGUACAACAAAAAUAUUAAAUAUUUUUUCUUCCUUAGUAAAAGGAUGAAAAUUG